AUGACGGUCCUUUUGGACAUUGAGUUGAAGAAGUUGAACAUAUCCGAGAAGACUUCCCAGCAAAGACUGAGGACUCCUACAUCUGGAAAACUGAAAAAGAGAAAUUACUGUGGCAACCGCCAGAGCAGCCUUAGCAGUGUGCGGGAGCCCAGGUCUACCUCUCAGCCCUACAUGGGGUUGGUCCUGGUGGAGUUACGCAGGGUUGUGGCAGCACUGCCUCAAAAUAUGACAGCAAAUUCUAAUUCUUACGGGUUUCCAUGGGAAUUCGUGAUAUGGGCAGCUAUUGUUGGAUUUUUUGCUGUUCCCAUUUUUUUGUGGAGAAGUUUGAGAUCGAUUAGAAGUUGGCUUUAUGUGAGAAGAGAGAAAAAGCUUGCCGGUGUGCUUUCUGAACUAAUUGACAAAAAAAAAAAAAUUAAAAAAAAAAAAAAAAAAAAAAAAGAGCAUGAAAGCUGUGAAAUAGAGUCAUCUUUAAAGGAGGCCAGCUUUGAGGAGGAGGCAGCAGAGGCACGAAGUUUGGAGGCAACAUGUGAAAAGCUGAACAGGUCCAAUGAUGAACUUGAGGAUGAGAUACUUGGUCUCGAAAAAUAGUUAAAAGAACAGAAAUCAAAACAUUCUGAACAAAAGCAACUGAUGGCAGAUAUUUCCAAAACUAUACAGUCUCUAGAAGAUGAGUCAAAAUCCCUCAAAUCGCAAGUAGCUGAAGCCAAAAUCAUCUUGAAGAUAUCUCAAAUGAAUGAAGAACGACUGAAGAUAGCAAUAAAAGAUGCCUUGAAUGAACAUUCUCAACUUCAGGAAAGCCAGAAACAGCUUUUGCAAGAAGCUGAAGUAUGGAAAGAACAAGUGAGUGAACUUAAUAAACAGAAAAUAACAUUGGAAGAUUCCAGAGUACACGCAGAGCAAGUUCUAAAUGAUAAAGACAAUCACAUCGAGAUUCUGACUGAACGCUUGCUGAAGAUGAAAGACUGGGCUGCUGUGCUUGGAGAAGACAUAAUGAAAGAUGAGAACUUGAAAUUGGCAAUGAACACCGAAUCAGAAGAUGGUGCUUACUUAGAUCAUCCUCCAAAAGGAGCUUUGAAGAAACUGAUUCAUGCUGCUAAGUUAAAUACUUCUUUAAAAAUCUUGGAAGGAGAAAAAAACCAAAUUGAUUUUCAGUUAUCUGAAGGUGAAAAAACAAAGGAAGAGCUUACACAGUGUAUUAAAAAUCUUCAGACUCAACAAGCAUCUUUGCAGUCAGAAAACACACAUUUAGAAAGUGAGGAUCGGAAGCUUCAACAGAAACUUAAAAUAAUGACUCAGUUCUAUCAAGAAAAUGAAAUGAGGCUCUAUAGGAAAUUAACACUACAGGAAAACAGCCAGUUAGAGAAAGAAGAGAAACUUUCUAAAGUAGACAAAAAGAUCGUCCAUGCCACCGAGGAGGUGGAGACCUAUAGAAAGCGAGCCAAAGAUCUCGAAGAGGAACUCAAGAGAACUAUUCACUACUAUCAACGGUGGACUAUUGCCUAUGAGAAAAAAGCACAUCGUAAUCAGUUGGCAGGUCGGACUGCUGAAGGAAACCUCAAUGAUUUAAGGAAAGAAAAUGCUCACAGCAGACAAAAAUUAACUGAAAUAGAGUUUAAAUUUAAACUCUUAGCAAGAGAUCCUGAUGCAUUUGAUGUUCCAAAUAGGGCAUUUGGCAGAGAACAUUCCCUGUAUGAUCCCUCACCAAUGGGUGAAACUUCAUGUGAAACGAGAGCUUUUCUCUGUCCUCCAACUUUGUUGGAGGGUCCACUCAAACUCUCACCUUUGCUUCCCGGCGGUAAAGAAAGAGGCUCAAGAGGCCCAGGGAAUCCUCUGCAUCGUCAGAGUAGCAAUGAAACAGGAGACUCAACCUGUGGUAGGUUACCAGAUCUUCACAGGGCUCCUUCUGACAUUGGGUUCCUGUCACCUCGGUGGGAACAGGACCGUAGGAUGAUGUUUCCUCCACCAGUACUGUGGUUGUAGACAAAUGGGAAAGUAACUUUAUGCUUAAUUAAAUAAAUUGUAGUUUAUUUUUAACAUUAAAAAAAAGUAGAUUAAGUAAGUCCUGAUGUUGCAGACAAUGUAGAAAAACAAGAAUUCCACCUCUGUUGGUAGAAGUGAAGUUCAUAUCAUCAAUUAACAAAGCAAUUUAAAAAUAUUUAAUGAAGACCAGGUGCAGUGGCUCACACCUGUAAUCCCAGCAUUUUGGGAGGCCGAGGCUGCUGGACCACCUGAGAUGAGAGUUCAAGACCAGCCUGGCCAACAUAGUGAAACCUUAUCUCUACCAAAAAUACUAAAAAUUAGCCAGACAUGGUAGCAGACACCUGUAAUCUCAGCCACUUUUGAGGCUGAGGCAGGAGAAUCACUUAAACAUGGGAGGUGUAGGUUGCAGUGAACCAAGGUCACACCAUUGCACUCCAGCCUGGGCAACAAGAGUGAAACUUCAUCUCAAAAAAAAAUAAUAAUAAUCAGGUUGAAAGUGUUCACGCCCUACUACCUAAUACUUCUACAUCUAGAGAAACUGUCACUUUUAUGCUCUGGAAGAGAGUAAAAUGAGAAACAACCUUAAUAUCUCUCAGUAGGUAACAGUUAAGUCAGCCAUACUUAAUUGUGUUAGAUAAAAUGAAAAAAACAUAUCUGCAUAUAUCUAUAUCAUACAUGCUGAAAACAAAAAUGCCAGUGGAAAAAUAACAUGUAAAAUAUGGCACCAUCUUUGUAAAUCUUGAAAACACAAAAGCCAAUGUUAUGUAUUGUUUAUGGCUAUAAAUGAAUGAAUUAAAAUAAAAAGCAAGAAUAGCAAAGAUGACACUAACUUGAUGAACCCAUGACUCUAGGGAUGAAGGCCUGGGGAAAGGCAUGGAGAAGGUCAAGGGGGUUCCUAUUGAGACAUUGUGUUUACUUUUACAAUUUGAGAAAAGUAUGACAGUAUGUUAACAUUUGUUAAUUUGACAGCAGAGUGUAUAUAAAGUUUAUAAGUCUUUUGUUUUCCCAUGGUUUUAAAACUUUUUUCAUAAUUGUAAGCAAAUAUGUAUGAAACAGAACCUCUUUAAUUAGGUACAGUUGGCCUCAUAUCCCUAGUUCCGCAUCCAUGCAUUCAACCAGAACAAAAUGUAGUUAGGGCUAGGUUGGAUGUGUCUAUACUGAACCCAUACAGACCUUUUUCUUAUUUCCCAAACAAUACAGUAUAACAACUAGUUAAAUAGCAUUU